UUAGUUUGGGCAAUUUUCCUAAAUAAAAUACGAAAUUUCGACAAAAACCCCAGCACGAAUCGGAAGUUGCCGUCGCCGAUAAACCCAUAAACCUCAGCUGACAGCGGCGUAGCUCAAGUCGCCGGAGACCGGAAAAUUGCAGUUGCAGUUGCAGUUGCAGACCUGUUGGAAUCUGAAUCUCCAAUGCGUUCGAAAUCCAAACGACUAAGCACACUAUUCCGCUCCGCCAUUAUAGCUCCAAAACCUUCACAGAAUCCCCUAGAUGCAUCUCUUCAAGACUACGUUUCCACUACCGAUCCCUUGUCUCCUAGCACUUCUCUUUCUGGUGCCAUCUAUAAGCGUUACAUCAAGUCCUCGAACUCCAAGAAGCUUUCCCAGAACCCCAAUUCUGACGUUCAAUUUCCUUAUCUCAUUCUAGAAGAGCCUUCGGAUUCUGGGGAUUCUACGAAGCAUCUAACCAAUGCCAUAUCUUCCAUUCUGUGCGGCUCAUCUGCCAGGUCUCCUGAUGCACAAGGAAAUGGUGGUGAGAACGCCAUGGAAACAUUAGUAAAUAUACCUUGGUUUUCCAUCAAAUCAAAUCAUAGCUUAGCAUUACGUCGCAGAGAAAUAUCCCGGGAAAGAAAGGAGAAAUGGAUAUACAAAAAUAGCCUAAACAUGAGAGUUCGUCGAUUAGUUAGAAAUUGUGCACAAAAGCUGGGGGCUGAUGUUACUCUAGAAGUCUUUGGUAAAUUGGGACGAGAAACUGGUGUGAAAGAAUACAAUGCACUAAUAGAUAUAUGUUUAGAGAAGGCUAAGUCAAGUAUAGACGUGAAGGUUGUAUUGGAGCAGAUUGGGAAGGUUUAUCAGCUAUUUAAAUUAAUGAAAGAACAGGGUUUUCAAUUAGAAGAUGAAACCUAUGGUCCACUACUUACGUAUUUGAUUGGCAUGGACAUGAUAGAAGAAUUUAAUGUUUUCCUUGAGGUUAUAAAAGAUGGAAAUCCAGGCUCAAUUUCAAGGUUGGGUUACUAUGAGAUGUUGUUCUAUAUUAAAAUCGAUGAUGCUGAAAAAGUUCAGGAGCUUUGUUACCAUGCUACAGUUGAUGAUGGAGUGAACAAGAUCAGUUUACAAGAAAAUUAUUUGUCGGCCCUCUGUGAAUGUGAGCAGACGGAGGAACUUUUCCAGAUGCUGGAAGUUAUAGACAUCACAAAACUUUCAUCAAUCGUAGUUGCAGCUAACAUCUUCAAAUGCUUAGGGAGGCUAUCACUUCACUCUUUUGCAGAGAAGUUGCUUUUGGCGUUUAAAACUUCUGGGGAUGGAGCAGAGAAUAUCCCAGAUCUUAUAUAUAGUUAUGCUGUCAGCAUUCCAAAUCUAGCGAUUGAGGAUAUGGUUUCAAAGUUCAAGAGCAUGCACUUGAAGUUAGAUAUCAAUCCUUCAUCUGCUUCAUAUGAGAAGCUCAUCUGUUAUUGUUGUGGUUUACUUAAGGUUCACGUGGCUCUUGAUAUAGCAAAUGAAAUGUGUGAUGCAGAUUUCACACCAUCAACAGAGGUCUUGCACUCCAUUUUACAUGCUUUGGAUCAAGGCUGUGAAUAUAAUUUGGUUCAUCAAGUCUAUUCGCUCAUAUGUCGCCACAACUUGAAGCCAGAUAGUGAAACCUUCAGGGGCAUGAUAAGUCUGCAUGUAAAGAUGAAAGAUUUUAAAGGUGCCUAUGGCAUGCUUAAGGAAUCGGAGAAAAUGAACUUAAUUCCUUCAGCUAACAUGUACAAUCCUAUCAUGGCAGGAUACUUCCGAGAGAAGAACACUUCUGAUGGAUUUAAGGUUCUCAAGCAAAUGGAACUUGCGGGUGUACAACCAGAUUUCCUGACUUUCAGCUAUUUGAUCAGCAAUUCUGAAUGUGAGGAGGAUAUUGUCAAGUAUUAUGAAGAACUGAAGAGUUCUGGAGUUCAAGUGACGAAGCACAUUUUCAUGGCGCUUGUGAAUGCAUAUGCUGCUCAUGGACAAGUUGAGAAGGCAAAACAGGUUAUAUCGGAUGAAGGAAUACCAGUCAAGAACUUGAAUGAAAUUAGAAAUGUGCUAGUUUCUGCUCUUGCUUCACAUGGCCAAACGGCUGAUGCCCUGAAAAUUUAUGAUGAAAUGAAACAAGCUGGAUGUAAUUUGGAGACCAAAGCUGUUAUCAGUCUUAUUACGCACUAUCCAUUUGAUGGGUCGUUGAAUAGAUUGCUUCAGUUACUUGGUGAUUUGCAUCAUGAUUUUGAUGACUGGGUAAAUUGUUGCAGCAGAAUUAUCUUGUUUUCUGUAAAACACCACGAUCUGAGUUCAACUGUUGAUCUAUUGAAGCAGCUCAGUUACAGAUGCGGUAAUGAUGAAGGGAUUAUGGGAGUGGCUUUUGAUGAGGUUUUUUCCUUCAUUGCAGAGUCUGAGCCUACAUAUUUAGAAACAGGCCUUCAAUUGCUUCAAUUUAUAAAGAACGAUCUUGGUCUUUCUCCUCCACGGAGAUGCCUCGAUUUUCUGCUUGGCGUUUGUGCUAAUGACAGAGAUGCAGAAAGCUCUCGCCUUAUCUGGAAAGAAUAUAAACAUGCUGGCCUCCCUUACAAUGCCAUUACUUACUUGAGGAUGUAUCAAGCUCUUUUAGCAUCUGGGGCUGUAGAAUCUGCAAAAGUUUUGCUUGAUAAAAUUCCAAAAGAUGAUGCUCAUGUUUGCUGGAUAAUCAAGGAAUGUGAAUUGCUUUAUAUUGGUUCUCCUACAGAGAGGAAAGCAAAAAGAAAAAAGAAAAAGAAGAAGAAAAUGAGCAGAAAUAAGUGAGGAUUGGUAGGAUAGGUAAUUAAAUUAACUUCUAGAGUAGACAAGAGAAUGGGCAGAGAUGAAUGUCAAGCCGUUUUAUUUGCUGAAUCUAUAACCAUUUUAGACUGAAUGAUGGGAGAAAAGAUGUAUUUGUUCAAGUAAAUUGAUAUCAUUGAAAAGUUGUAAGAAAAUGAUUUGUUAUCAAUAAAAUGAUGAGAGAAAAAUCAGUUGACAA